UGGUGCUGGCAGGAACCUGAGCCCCAAGAUAAACUCUGGCAUCAGCUUCCCUUCAUCCGGCAGUCAGCGAGGACACAGUGAGGGUGCAGGGGCAGAGAGACAGGGACGGAGAAAGAGAAAGGGUGACAGAGAAGGGGGUAGAGAGAGACAAAAACAGGCUGAUAGACAGAAAGGGAGAGGCUGUCAUUGGAAUCCCACAGUUCCUUUUUCACAGCAGCAGCUCAGCCGCUCUGUCAGCUGCCUCCCAAUGCAGGCGAAAGCUGACGGGGAUGACGGGUGGCAUGUUUUCAGCAGCGCAGUUAUCUGAGUGAUGGUAGUUGCCGCGGCAGCAUCACAAUCCAAAGCAGGAGCUCUCCUCGCCGCUCUGGCUCUUAGUCAUCCUCAGCCUCCUCUCUCCCUUCUCAGAGUCCUAUCAGGGCCAUUCAUCGUUCCCAUCUCAUGCCUCCUGCCUCCUCCUCCUCCUCCUCCUCCACAGCUUCAUCCUCCACUUCUACUCCUCCUCUGAUGAGCCACAGCCUCAGAGUGAAAUAACCCUGCUGAUAGAAGAUUCUCUCUCUGUCAAGACAGUGCCAUGUGUGAUUGGCCAGCGCACCCCGUGGCAGUGGCAUCGCCUUGGAUUUGGCGAGAAGCUCUCCCCCCUGCCUGUUCUCUGGGGCUCCUCUGGGAAGCUUUCAUGGGAUUUAUCUCAUCCUGCUGGAUGGCACAGAGCUCUCUGCCUCUCUGAAAAGAGUCCAGAAAGGAAAACAUACACUACACGGAUAAGAAGUAAAAUAAUUAUCCAAUCACAGCACAAGGAGGCAGACUGGGUUCCCGUAGCAACAACUGAAGGAGAGAAGAGAAUCCUUUUCUCUUUCUGCUCCCUUGGUUUUUGGGCACACCCCUGUGGACUGCUGUGGGUCAGUGUUUUGUGAGAGAACUUGGAGAGUGCUGUUGCACAAGACAAGCUGCCACCCAAAUUCCAGAGGAAGGUGCUUGUUUGCCUUCCAGCCCCCUUGUAACUGUGUCUCAUCGACACCAUGAUUUUUUUGUUAUCCCUCCUCAAAUUCUCAUCACAAGUCAUGUUUCGCUGGCUUAGAAUUCAAUUCAUUCUGAUCCCACGCCACCUGGAAUAAGCCCUGCUUUGGGGGGAUAUUGGACGCUCUGUGCAAAGACCCACACCUACAUUGCUCGCUCUCAUGGACAAGAAAUGAAGGACAGAAUGAUUAAGUCAUCAUCUGCAAAGAAAAUGGAUGUGAAGCAAAGUUUAUUUUGAUGCGAGUUUGAUCUUUUUAUUUUUCCUGGAGGAAGAAACACCACACCGCACAGAGGAAUAUCCCCUUUUUCCAAACAGGAUCUGUCCUUUCUCUUUAAAGACAGUAGCCCUCACUGAGGGACUAUACUUAGACCGUAAAUCUUGUCCCCGCUGGCCACCAAUAAUGUAGAACAUGAUAAUUUUGAAAAUUGAGCCACUGCUGGGAGUUCUGUUUUUCUGUGUUGGAUAGCUCGCUCUGUAAGAGGGUUAUAUGAACCCUUUUUCUUCUUUCAUUUUUGUUUGUUAGCCUGCCAAUAUGUCCCUGUGUCUCACAAGUAAAAAAGAUUGUACAGGACAAGCGGAGGAGAGAAGAAGUCUCUUCCCUGUAUAGACAGGUGUUUUAAAUAGCAUCUCCUCUGGAACAGUUUCAAACAUACAAAAUGACACAUGAGAUGAGUUGGCUCAACAUGAUUAUGUAAGAGUUUCAUACCAGCUUCAGCCCAUGUAUUUUGCCUCUUCCUUUUCCAUGGAUUUACUGUCUUUGAAUUUUCCCAUGCUCAUUUUCUCUUCGUUUUUGGAAGCACCUACCAGAAGGCAUGGAUGUCAGAGUGUAACCCUGUGCCGAGUGUGCGGGCGAGGCAAGGUGUUUUGGCUGCCCAGGUGCUUUUAAGAUGUUGAGGUCUCCCUGCGUGGCCGGGGCCCCUGUUCGGAUCAGUAGCACUGAGGCUCCUUGUAGCCAAAGACAUGGACCCCGACUCGGCUCCCCCACGCCCUCAACCUGUUGGCCACUGGCCCCACGUCACCCUGUAAAGGAUGUCCCUCAGCAGAGCUCCGGCCCGGGACACCUCUGAGACCCCCAGCCCGAGAGAACGCAUCCGCAGCCACAUGAAGAUGGUGAUUGACCAGCUGGAAGGAAUUCUCAAAGAGCUCAAGGAUGUGGCCAAGGAACUCCGGGAGGUGGUGGGUCAGAUUGAUAAACUAACGUCCGACUUUGACUUUGACCUGGAGCCAGAUGACUGGACAGUGGCCACAGCCAGCAGCACGUCCAGCAGUGAGCGGGGUUUGGGAGAGGCCUUCAGGCUGGACUUCCUCAAUGCAGAUGUGCUUUCUGAUAGCUGGGAGUUUUGCAGCUACCUGGAGGCGGCUGGCGGCGCUGCCCGCAGACCUGGUGAGCAACCAGGAGAUCUACGUGCGGAGCUGGGCCGCGGGACCAUCCCCACCCAGACACAGACCCCCACCCCGCCCCCCACCACUGCCUCGGUCUACUCCCAGAUGAAUGGUGGGCUGCCCAUCCCCAACGGGCCCCGCAUUAUUACUCCAGAUUCAUCCAGCGAGGAGGCCAGCAGCUCCACGCACAGCCACAAGACUUCACGUACCUCCGGCACAAGAGAAAGAGUGCGUUUCAGUGACAAAAUUCUGUACCACGCGUUGUGCUGUGACGAUGAUGAGGAGGAGGAGGAGCAAGACGAGUUACAGGAGGACAAGAGUGGCUGUGCUACACCAGAUAGCGACACUGAGCCCAGUCUCCUGGCCAGCUCGGUCGCCCCCAAACGUUCUUCCUCUGAGCACUCACUCCUCCAUAACUGUCUGGACCCUUCCUUCGUCUCCUCGCCAGUGAAGGGGACAACAGGAGCUCACACACUACCCAGGAAAGGUCUCUUAAACCCCGGCUGCCGCAAAAAACUGUUACGAAAUAGCAGCACACAGACUGUCUCUGACAAGAGCACCCAAACUGUACUGCCCUAUAUUCCAACCAAACAGAAAACAAAGGACCACUGA